AUGCCAUUGAAUUAUAAUUUGCAGCUUGAUCUAUUUGACGUAUGGGGAAUUGAUUAUAUUGGACCAUUUGAAAAUUUCCAUGGCUAUGAGUACAUCAUGGUGGCAGUGGACUAUGUUUCUAAAUGGGUGGAAGCUAUACCAUGCAAAAAUGCUACUUCUAAGGAGACCAUGAAGCUUUUCAAGGAUGUUAUAUUCCCAAGAUAUGGAGUUCCGAGAGUAAUAAUCAGUGAUGGAGGCUCUCACUUGAUUGAGAAGGAUUUCAGAAAAGUGCUGGAGAAAGCUGGAAUAGAACAUAGAGUUGCGACUGCCUAUCAUCAGCAGACAAAUGGACAAGCUGAGACGUCGAAUAAGCAGAUCAGGGAUAUUUUCAAGAAGACAGUUACCAAAGGAGGCAAGGAUUGGGCUUUAAGAUUAAGUGAUGCAUUAUGGGCUUAUCAGGCUGCCCAUAAGACCCCUAUUGGAAUGACACCAUAUCAAUUGGUCUAUGGAAAGACAUGUCAUCUGCCGGUGGAAUUAGAGCAUAAAGCUUACUGGGCAAUUAAGGAGAUGAAUUUGGAUUAUGAUGCCACUGGAAUCAAGAGAAAAAUUCAGAUCAGUGAAUUGGAAGAGAUGAGAUUGAGAGCUUACCACAGUGCUGAAAUUUAUAAAGAGAGAACAAAGAAGUGGUAUGACAAGCGUUUGGAAAAUAAAAGCUUCAAGUCGGGUGAUAAAGUGCUAUUAUUCAAUUCCAGGUACAAGCUUUUUGGUAAAAGGAAGCUUAAGAGCAAAUGGGUCGGUCCAUAUUUUGUUCACAAAGUAUUACCCUCUGGAGUAGCGGUGAUCAUGGACAAGAAAGGCGAUCAAUAUAGUGUGAAUGGGCAGCAACUGACGGUUUAUUUUGAGCCAGAUAAACAGGAACUCAAAUCCUUUAAUGUCUACACACUGGAGUAA